AACCGGGGACCUUGCAAACACACUACAUCAAGACAAGUGAAGAUGGCGGAUGUGUUGAGUGUUCUUCGGCAGUAUAACAUCCAGAAAAAGGAAAUCGUCGCUAAAGGAGAUGAAGUUAUAUUUGGAGAGUUCUCCUGGCCGAAAAAUGUGAAGACCAACUACAUAAUCUGGGGUACUGGUAAAGAGGGGCAACCUAAAGAGUACUAUACUUUGGACUCUAUCUUGUUCUUGCUCAACAAUGUGCAUCUUCCACAUCCAUCGUAUGUGCGAAGAGCUGCAACUGAGAACAUCCCUGUUGUCAGACGACCUGAUCGAAAAGGCUUGCUGUCAUAUCUCAAUGGCGAGAGUUCUACAUCGACAAGUAUUGACAGAAGUGCACCUAUAGAAAUAGGUUUGCAACGGCCAACGCAAGUGAAAAGAGCUGCUGAUGAGGUAUCUUCUGAAGCCAAAAAACCCAGGAUUGAGGAUGAAGAACGAGUGCGUCUGGAUAAGGAGCGCCUGGCUGCCCGUCUGGAAGGCCACAAAGAGGGCAUCGUGCAGACUGACCAGAUCAGAUCGCUGUCUGAGGCCAUGUCAGUGGAGAAAAUCGCAGCCAUCAAAGCCAAGAUUAUGGCCAAGAAACGUUCCACCAUCAAAACAGAUCUGGAUGAUGACAUAACCCUGAAGCAGAGAAGCUUUGUGGACGCUGAGGUGGAUGUCACCAGAGACAUUGUCAGCAGAGAGAGAGUUUGGAGGACCAGGACAACCAUUCUCCAGAGCACUGGAAAGAACUUCUCCAAGAACAUCUUCGCCAUCCUUCAGUCGGUGAAAGCCAGAGAAGAAGGGCGAGCACCAGAGCAGAGACCAGCACAAAACACUACUCAAGUGGAUCCGUCCCUAAGAAACAAGCAGCCUGUCCCAGCUGCCUACAACAGAUACGAUCAGGAGCGAUUCAAAGGAAAAGAGGAAACUGAGGGUUUCAAGAUCGAUACCAUGGGCACCUACCACGGCAUGACCCUGAAGUCAGUGACGGAAGGAGCUUCUGCUCGGAAGGCCCAGACCCCUGCGCUGCAGCCUGUCCCUCGUCCAGUUUCACAAGCCAGACCUCCACCGAAUCAAAAGAAAGGGUCCCGGACACCCAUCGUCAUCAUCCCCGCCGCCACCACCUCACUCAUCACAAUGCUCAAUGCUAAGGAGCUCCUCCAGGAUCUUAAGUUUGUCACGCCAGAGGAGAAGAAGAAGCAGGGCAUCCAGCGCGAUAAUGAGGUUCUGCUUCAGAGGCGCAAAGACCAGAUCCAGCCUGGAGGCACAACUCUGAGUGUCACUGUGCCUUACCGUAUCAUCGAUCAGCCGCUUAAACUGGCUCCACAGGACUGGGAUCGAGUGGUGGCCGUAUUUGUGCAGGGUCCUGCCUGGCAGUUCAAAGGCUGGCCGUGGCUGUUGCCUGAUGGAUCUCCUGUCGACAUUUUUGCCAAAAUCCGAGCCUUUCAUUUGAAAUAUGAUGAGGCGAAAAUAGACCCCAAUGUGCAGAAGUGGGAUGUGACCGUCCUGGAGCUGAGCCGCCACAGGCGUCAUCUGGACCGACCCGUUUUCCUGCGCUUUUGGGAAACCCUGGACAGAUACAUGGUGAAACACAAAGCUCACCUCAGGUUCUGAGCCCAGAUGACAGCGCCAAUCUCCGAAAAAAUGAAAUCUUCGAUCCCUCCGACUGCCCUCGUUCCACCUCUUGCAGACGUAGCCCCUUUCAUUGCAGGUGCCAUCCCAUAUUCCAACAUAAUCCCCACUCUCACAGGAGAAGGAGAACACAUUAUCCAGUGGACUUCCUCCAACACGUCCUCGAGGACUCCUAAUGCAAUGCACUGGAUGUGUUGCUCUGGACACUGGAGAGGAGAUUGAGAGGAUGUUUGUGUUUUUGUUGUAAAUGUUUUCUAAUGUUUUCAUGUAGUACCAAAAAAUACCAAAAUAUGUUUUAUAUUAAAAAGGCAAUAUACUGUGGAAACAAUUUAAAUGCGAUGUCAAGCAACAUAAAGGGGUCGAAGGGAGGGGAGAUUUUCAUUUUUGUCAAUGGUAAAGAGAAAAAGCUUUUGAAUUGUAUUGAAUUUUGAAUUAAGCUCAGAACUGUUUAGAUUGAAAGAAAACGUGAAAAUGACUCUUGGUACAAACAAAACGGCCUCUGAGUUUGAAGAAAGAGACUUCCUUUACACUUAUCUUUUGUUUUCUUUUGGGUGUUUGUGGUCUGAUUGUACAUAUAUGAUAUGAUGAAACCUGUCGGAUCCAAAGCUCUUUGAGCAGAGAGGAGGAUGCAGGUAAGUGAUUGUUAAUAAUGCUCUGCUCUGGCUCAGUGAGAUGAGCUCACUCAAGCAGUCCAGUCAGUUCCUGGCUCAGUUAUUUUUGACAGAUCCCCACAUCUCUUGGUCAUGCAAUGACCUAGUUAAAGUCUUCUUUUUCUUCUUUGUUGGUGUUGUGCUAGAGGAGAAAAAUAAUGGAAAGUAUUGCUUUAAGUCGUCAUAUUAAAUUGACAAUAAAGCUUCCAG